UACGCAGCCAGCAGCAUGGCCGCUACCUCGGAGUAGUCACGGUUCGACCGUGACGCGAAUUUCACUCCUAAGGAGGCGUUGUCCUACCGGCGGGUUCAUUCUUACGUUAAACCGGGGGAUGGGAUCACCCAACCCGUCAUUUUAACGGCAUUAUUUUAUUAUUUUGUGGUUUUAGCUCAGAGUUUUAAUAUUAUUUUAUCAACAUGAUCAAGAACGGUCACCACACAUCGAGUGAGCAGGGCAUAGAGAGCGGCGCUAAGCAGGGAGACUUGGCUUGCAGCCCAGAGAAGAGGAAGCGCUCUGUCCGGGUGUGGUGUGAUGGCUGUUAUGACAUGGUGCACUACGGCCACUCCAACCAGCUGAGACAGGCUAAGGCCAUGGGAGAUUACCUCAUCGUUGGAGUACAUACAGAUGAAGAGAUUUCGAAGCACAAGGGUCCUCCUGUCUUCACCCAGGCAGAGAGGUAUAAGAUGGUGCGGGCUAUCAAGUGGGUGGAUGAGAUAGUAGAGGGUGCUCCCUACGUCACCACACUGGACACACUGGACAAAUACAACAGUGACUUCUGCGUCCACGGAGAUGACAUCACCCUGACGGUGGACGGUAAGGACACGUAUGCGGAGGUGAAGAGAGAGGGCCGGUACCGGGAGUGUAGACGCACCCAGGGAGUCUCCACCACAGACCUGGUGGGCCGCAUGCUGCUCAUGACUAAAACCCACCACAGUAACAUCGACAACUCAGACUACCAACAGCACACGGACAACUUUGGGAAGGGUCCUAAGGGCCACAGUCCAUGGACAGGAGUGUCCCAGUUCCUCCAGACUUCCCAGAAGAUCAUCCAGUUUGCCUCAGGACAGGAGGCCCAACCUGGGGACACCAUCAUCUACGUAGCCGGGGCCUUCGACCUCUUCCACAUUGGUCAUGUUGACUUCCUGGAGACUGUCUACAAACAGGCUGAGAGGCCUUACGUCAUCGUGGGACUGCACUUUGACCAGGAAGUGAAUCGCUACAAAGGGAAGAACUAUCCAAUCAUGAACAUCCACGAGAGAACCCUGAGUGUCCUGGCCUGCAGGUAUGUAUCAGAGGUGGUGAUUGGGGCUCCCUACGCUGUGGGUAAAGAUCUGCUGGACCACUUCAAGGUGGACCUGGUGUGUCAUGGGAAGACAGAGGUGUUUCCUGACAGGGACACUGCAGACCCUUAUGCUGAGCCUAAGAAGAGAGGUAUCUUCCGUACAGUAAACAGUGGUAACGGUUUGACCACCGAUGACAUCGUACAGAGAAUUAUCAAGAACCGGCUGCAGUUUGAGGCAAGGAACCAGAAGAAGGAGGCCAAGGAGAUUGCGGUGUUUGAGGCGAUGAAAAGCCAGGCAGAGGGAGAGCAGGCCGGGGACACGGCCCAGGCAGCACAGUAACCAGAUCAAACUAGUUCAAACCAGACCCAGCUGUCUCAAAACUGAUCCUAACCCAGAGUUUCUCAAACUCGAGAAACUCUGAAAUAACUUUUUUUAAAUUGCGUUUGGUUCAUAGAACUGGGGUUAAGUCAGUAACCUCCGGUAGCUGCUAGAUGCCGUUGUCAUAGUGAGAGCGGUUUUGGUUUUCUUUCCUCCUAUCUUUUGAAUGGUUUAAUCACCGGUUUCCCUCCUCAAAGCCCAGAAGCCUCAGAACAGAGUGGACAAGA